UUAUUCUAUUUCAGUCUCUUCACAUUCACAAUGAGAGAGAGAGAGAGAGAGAGAGAGAGAGUCUCUGUUUCUUCACUUCCUCUACAAGCCGCGUCUGCUACUACUGUGCAAUCCAACCUCAAAUCCAGAGAAAUGAUGGGGCAGAAUCUUUCACCAAAGGAAAGGAAUAGAGAUUGGAUUAGAGCUCUUAUGAGCAGUAGGUCUGGUUACUGUGAUGAACACUUUGACCUUCGAUCGAGUGAGAAGAAUAUUUUCUGUGUAGACUGUGCUGUUAGAGUUUGUAGGCACUGUAAGGAGGCUCAUUCCCUCCACAGAAGCUUUCAGAUAUACAAAUAUUCCUAUCAGGAUGUUUUCCGCCAUUCCGAGCUGCAGAAGUAUUUCGACUGCGAGAAUAUUCAGACUUACAUAUCCAACAACGAAAGGAUUGUGCAUCUCAAACCCCGACCUGCAAUUGGUAGACCUAAAGCUGUUGAUCUAUGCCCUGACUCAAAAUCUAAAGAUUACAACUUCUCAACAAAACUGAAAUCAGGUGGUACUUGUGAAGAAUGUGGAAAACACUUGCCAGAUGAGCGAAAUUGCUUCUGCUCCAUUACAUGCAAGAUCUCAGCACUUCCAGUGGAUCCCCAAAACCAAAUUCAAAAUCACCUUUCUCAAAGUAGUCCAGUAAAACUUGAAGCUAUUGACUGCACUAUGAAUGAUGCUCAUCAUUCAGAACCUGAGUCAUCUAUCUCUGAAGCUGAGUCAUUUGGGUGGGUUGAAGUCAUGAAUUUCAGAAAGCGGCCCAGAAAGACCACCCCGCAGAGGCCUAUCUUUGUUUUCACGUCUUAGUGAGCGAGCCUUUGGUUUCUCAAUUUGCACAGAAUCUUAGUCACGCUCACUCAAAAGCCAAGAGGCUUUUUUUAGCUUCUAACUAGAAGUUUUUUUGCAGCAUUUCACCAUGGAACCAAACACAGUAUUAGAAGUUAUCACUAAUCUAUUGUUUUCUUUACUUCAUUUCCUUUUAUUUUUGCUUCCUACUUUCCAUUUUUGGAGAAUAAGAUUUCUUGAAUAUUUGAGGGAUA